AGUAUUCCACGUGCUCAUGGGGACUCUCCACUCCAGGCCCCCUUUCUCUCUUCCCCCACGCCCUCCUCCUUCUUCUCCUUCCUUCCUUCAAUUCCACCAUUUUAUUAUUAAUUAAUUUAUUUACUAAUUUCUAAUUUCAUAAAAUAAAAAAUAUUCAUUUUCAUUUUCUCUACUCAAUUACACCCCCUCUGCAUCUCUGACUCUCUCUGCUUCACCUCCUUUGUUCGCUUCUCAUCAAACCACACAAACAAACCCAUUUCCUUCUCUCUCUCAUACCCAAAACCAGUACCAUUACCAUAAACCAUUUUUAGCUCUAAAACAUCAUAUGCACCCAAACUAUAUCUAACUAGCUUUUUACACUUGCUUUGCUCUGCUCUCCCACCCCCAUGAUGAUGAUGAUGGAAGGAAUCAAAGGUGUUAAUAAUGGCGGAAGAGUUGUGGGUGUUGGUCAUAUUGACGAAGACAUGGCUGACGGUAUGCAGUGUACUGACCAUCCUUACCGGAACAACCCAGGUGGGAUCUGUGCUUUCUGUCUACAAGAGAAGUUAGGCAAGCUCGUCUCAUCUUCUUUCCCUGUACCCAUUCGGGCUUCAACCUCUUCUUCUUCUUCACCUUCUUUCAGAUCUGAUAUCGGAGUUAUCGGUCCCUCUUCUUCUUCCACCUCCUCCACGGCUGCCGCUGUCGCUCUCUCGCUCUCCCUCCGACCUGGACCUUCGUCGUUGAACAACAAAGGUAACAAUAGUAAUAGUAGUAAUGGAGGCAAUGAGUGUCGUUUUGUUCAUCGUGAGAACCAGGUCCAGGAGUACUAUAGUAACCACCAUAGACGGACCAGAUUACCGUUUCUCUUGGCCAAGAAGAAGAAGAAGAAAGUGAAUAACACUGUUGGGACAACUUUAAUGGAUAAUAAUCGCUCUGCUACUAAUACUACUCCCGGAGAUAAUCAUGUCGUUUUCAAGCGAAGCAAAUCCACUACUACACCACGCAGAGGCCGCCAUUGUAGUAACAGUAAUAAGUUUUUGGACGACCAUGAUUUCAUUCAUAAUAGCCCAAGAAAACACAGAGGGGGUUUUUGGUCUUUUCUCUACCUCUCUUCUUCUUCUUCUGCCCGUAAAAUCGAUAACGGUAACGGCGGUGGCUCUAAGACGGCGUCGUUUUCUUCCGUCACUUCAGCUGGUUUGGCUGGUAAUAAUAAUAAUAAUAUUAGUGUUAAUAGUAAUAAGCAGAAGGAGAGGUGUUUGGGGUCGUCAAUUAAUUCUGUCGUUGAGGAAGAAAACGACAGUAGCCCUAACAGCCAAACGACAGCUUCAGCUUCGUCGUUUGAGCGAAAGGUCUCGAGAUCCAGAUCUGUUGGCUGCGGAAGCCGGAGUUUCUCCGGCGAUUUCUUCGAGAGAAUCUCAACUGGGUUCGGUGACUGCACUCUACGACGAGUCGAAUCCCAAAGAGAAGGCAAAUCCAAAGUCUCAGCCGCCACUCAACGCGGCGGUUCCGGCACCGGAGACCACCAAUGCAUGAAGGAACGCGUUAGGUGCGGUGGCAUUUUUGGUGGGUUCAUAUUGACUUCUUCGUCUUCUUCGUCGUCGUCUUCUUCGUAUUGGGUUUCGUCUUCUGCUGAAGAUAUGAACGGAAAAUCAGUAACUUCUGCCGGUGGUGGUGGUGGUGGGCCUGGCCCACUUGUGAAUGGCCGCAGUAGGAGCUGGGGUUGGGCCUUUGCGAGCCCAAUGAGAGCUUUCAGCAAGCCCACCAGCUCUAAUGGCAAGAGGGAUCAUCAUCAUCAUAAUAUAACGAGACAAGGUUCAGAUAAGAACAGUACUACUGCAGCUACUCCCAACUUGGCAGCCAUUCCUUCCUUGCUCACAGUGAGAAGCUAAUAAUAAUAAUAUUAAAUAAUAAUAAUAAUAUUACUGUUAUAAUUACUAUAAUACACCAUUUUAAUUCAUAGUUUUUAUAUUAAUGUUCAUCUGUGUAUUACUACUACUACUAUUAUCUCUUGUUUAUUUAAAAUUUAGCUCUUUUUUUGUGUAUUAAUGGGUGUGAAAUCUCUAGUCCAUUACAUAUUAGUGGUGUAACAACAUUUUCAUGUUAAAAAAAUUUGUCUCUAAAUUAUAGUUUUGUUUGGAUCAUAAAAGGAAGUUUAGCUGUAACUCUAGCUCUGUGAAGAAGCAAAAGAUAAUUUGUGACUUGGGUUUUGUUUUCUGAGUUGUUGUAGUUUGUAUUAUUAAAUUAGUUAAUAUUAUUGUAAUUUUCUACACUGGGAUCAUAUUAUAUUACAAGCAAAGUAAUAAAUUUAUUUAUUUA